ACCUUUUACCCGGUCCGUUACCGACAGUACGGUUACCGGCAGCCCACUGACUGUUAGGUUUACGGUACCGUGUGUGACUGACAGUCCGCCGUCCGGUGAGUCGGCUGACGCCGUUUACCGGAGCCGUUACCCGGUCAGAGACAGAAAGCAACUGGCGGGUCAGAGCGGGACGGUUGACGGUUAGCGGCUAGCAGGCUAACAAGAGAUGGAGGAGUUCCUGACGGCAUGCCAGCGGGCCGUGAAGGCGAACACGGGUCCGGUGGCUCCAGGGUUCCAUGUUGUUCUGGGAAACGAGGCCUGUGACCUGGACUCCAUGGUAUCCGCUCUGGCCUAUGCCUAUUUCCUGUCUAAGACUGCACACAGUGAGAUGCUCGUUCUGCCGCUGCUCAACAUCCGUCAGUCAGAGCUGCUGCUGCGAUCAGAUAACAUCUUCCUGCUGCGUCAGACUGGUUUGUCUCCGGACCUGCUGCUGUUCAGGGACCAGCUGGAUCUGCAGGCGCUGCAGCGAGACGGACGCCUGCGGCUGACGCUGGUCGACCACAACGUGCUGCCCAGUUCAGACAGUGACCUGGAGGUGGCGGUGGUGGAGGUCAUCGAUCACCACCUGCAGGAGAGAGAGCCCUCCCCCUCCUGUCCUGUUACUGUGGAGACAGUGGGAUCCUGCGCUACCUUGGUAACUGAACGCAUUAUACAGAAAUCUCCAGAGAUCCUGGACCAGCAGCUCGCCCAGCUGCUCUACGCCGCGGUGGUGCUGGACUGCGUCAACAUGUCACCUGCUGCAGGUAAAGUGACUCCUAAAGACAGUCAGUUUGCUGCAGCUCUGGAGACACGAUUCCCUGCUCUGCCACCGAGGGGCGCUCUGUUCCAGGCACUGCAGAACGCCAAGUUCGACGUCUCAGGUCUGAACACUGAGCAGAUGUUGUUGAAGGACAUGAAAGCUGUUUCAGGAAGUUUGAAUCUCGCCGUCUCUGUUCUCUACAUCACUCUGGAGGAGUUCCUGCAGAGGGCGGGGUUGGAGGAGGAGCUUUCAAGUUUCUGCCAGAAGUUUGGAUUUGAUUUGCUGCUGCUGAUGACAAUCUCCUUCACUGAGAACAAAGAGCCAAUCAGAGAGCUCGCUGUGUUCAGCCACAGCACCACCUGCAGGGACCAGGUGAGCCAGUACCUGGAGCAGGCCCAUAGCCCCGCCCUCGACCUCAGUCCAAUCAGCUGCCCCCAUCGUCUCCUCACAGCCUAUCAGCAGGGAAACACGCUGGCAUCCAGGAAGAAGCUCCUCCCCAUUGUGAAGGACUUCCUGAGGGAGCGGGAUGGAGACAGUCGCCUUGUAGACGGCGAGGAGGAUGAGUCUGGGGUCCCUCCCACUCCGAUGAACAGCCUGGUGGAGGGCUGUCCUCUGGACGGGGGGCUGCCGAGCAUCAGUGCCCAGGACCUGGAGGAGAAGUUCAGUAAGAUGGCCAACAACUGACCAAGUUCUGAUCCACCCUCCUGAUCCAGGUCCUGCAGAACCAACAGGUUCUGAUCUAGAUCAAAAAGAUCCUACAGAUUCAGAUCCAAAAGAUCCAGAUGCAACAGAUCUAACCUUCAGAAUAAGAGCCUACUGUUGGUGGGGUUGGUGGCCUUCUGGAGUUUCUCAGCCAAAAACAGUCGAUGCCAAACUGGGAGUUCAGGUCAUCAGAAACACAGGAAAUGGAAACACAGACGACAUGAACACACACACUGAGCUGAACCAGAACCUGCUCACAGAACAGAAUACCUUAGAACCUGAGUCUGUUGGUACACAAAGAAAUCAGCACAGAGUCCAGAUCACAGAACCAGAAGUAGCUACAGAACCUCAGUUCUCAGAAAACUCACAGCAGAAGAGCUUCACAGAUUUAAAGGUUUAUUCUGGUUUGUUGCUAAUUAGUGUCUGUUGUGUGUCUGUGGGUCAGAAUAUCUGGCUGUUGGAUGAUCUGCUUGAUCUUCGUUAUUCAUCUGUGAUAUACAGUUCCGUAAAUGCCUCGUACUCAUCUUUAGAUGCUGCAGUUUCCAGAUGCUCCUUAAAUGCCUCACAGUCAUCAGUAGAUGCUGCAGAUUCCAGAUGUUCCCUAAACGCCUCACUAGUCUUCUUCAGUUACUGCAGCAGCUCAGAGAUCAAACAUUCGUUUGCAGAGUCACGAGUUCUGAUUUCAUAUUUAAGUUUAUCUACAUGGACUGUUUUCUGUGAGCUGAGCUUUUCAUUAGCACAGUUGAUGGUUUUCAUUUAGCUGUGGGAAACCCUGAUUGUCAUGUUUUGUAACUCUGCUGGUGUGACUGAACGUGGUAUUUUUCUUCUUCUCUGGUUCAGUCGGCUUACCUGGUCUCUGCUCACCAGGUGAGUAUGUGUCUCUUCCAGCCUCCUUCUCAGCUCAUAUAUCAGAGAUAAAGUCAGUGUGACCCACAGGUACACAACAGACACACUAAUGAAAACACAGCAGCAUGAUCCCAUGAGGAAAUAUUAAUAAAUAGAAUUUAAUUCACGUCAUCACCCUGAGUUUUGUUUUAUAUUUUACAGACGACAACAACCGUAUUAAGAAUAAGUUGUGGAUCUUGCUUUGUUUUAUAGAAUGAAAUUUAAAAUGAGACGUUUCCAAAGACAAUCAUCUGUUUUUAAAUGAAGACGUUCAGGUUUAAAAUAACGAUUCAGCUGAAACACAAACUGCAGCUUCAGUCUGAUCACAGCAGCAGGACUUUCACAAUAAGGGCCCCAAGAAGGGCAGAGCUUUAAUUGUGAAACAGGAAGAGGAAAUCUGUAGAAAUAGGAAGUUGCAACAAACAAAGACAAAACAUUUAUGUGAAGGUUGGUUUGGGCUUUUCUGAUUCCAGCUGCUGCAGUUUAUAUCUUUGACCUGAAACCUGCUUUUCAUAUAAACUGCAUUUGUGUUUGUUGUGAAACUGAAGUCAAAUGUGAGAAUCAGGACAUUUUAAAAGCACAGAAACAUGAGUAGCUUCUCACUUUCUCUAUUUCUUUUCUUUAACUGAAGCUUCUUGGUCCAAAUCAUCACAAAGAGGUUUUACUUUUGUAAUUUGUAAGUUACUAGUGAAAUGUUUGACUUUAAUGUGGCAUCAUUUAUAUUUUAAAAACCUGUUUUCUCAUAAUUCUGACAGUGUCCAAAUAAAAAGUCUGACUACAGA